AUGGCGACCAUCAAAGCGAACUGCCGUAAAAUCGUCUGCAUAGGGCGGAAUUAUGCUGACCACAUAACUGAAUUGAAUUCUGCUCGCCCUGCGCAACCCUUCUUCUUUCUGAAGCCCACUUCGUCCAUCCUCCUUCCUGGCCAAGGUCCAAUCGUCCGUCCUCGAGGCGUAGACCUACAUCAUGAGAUUGAGCUCGGGCUGGUAAUCGGAGAAACUCCCAAGCCAUUGAAGAACCUCUUAGAGUCCGAUUCUUCUAUCCUGGACCACAUUCGAUGUUACUUUCUGAGCAUCGAUGUCACUGCCCGAAAUGUGCAGAAUGAAGCAAAAAAGAAGGGUCUUCCAUGGUCGAUAGCAAAAGGCUUCGAUACCUUCUGUCCAAUUAGCCAUGAAAUCCCCCGAGAUCGUAUCUCCGAUCCUCAUAAUAUCCUUCUAUGGCUGAGUGUCAACGGAGAGACAAAGCAGAAAGACAAUUCGAACUUGAUGCUCUUCAAUAUUCCUCGAAUGCUGAGCGAUAUUAGCAAGGUCAUGUCUUUGGAGGAGGGCGACAUAAUCCUUACUGGCACGCCGAAAGGUGUAGGCCCCCUCAAAGGUGGUGACAAGGUUAAAUGCGGUCUUGAAGCUGACGGCGAAGAAGUGGUUGAAGCGAGAAUGGAAUUGGAUGUGGUUGAUGAUGAUACUGCGGGCGGCUAUGUUUUCAAGGAGACAUAA